AUGGAAGCUGAAAUUGAAGAGCUCAAGCUGAAAUUAAAGGAAUCGGAAUCAAAACAAGUAGCCAUUGCCCAGUUGGCGAAAGAGAUAUUAGAAAAGGAUAAGGAUAAGGAUCAACGCCUGUCUACGCUUGGUGAAGAAAAUCUUCAACAAUCUAGGGAUAUUUCCCGGUUACAAUCGUUGUUGAAAAAUCGAGAUGAAUAUCUGGCUGAUGCUGAAAGUGAAGUGACAAAACUUCGCAAUGAAAUUAUUCAAAUAAACGGUACCAAAAGCACUUAUUUGGUCGAACUCGAACAAAAAAUGCUUCAUCUUCGUUCCGAGAUAAACGAAAAAAAUGGCAUGCUGUUUGAUCAAGAGCAAGAAAUACAAGAACUGAAAAAGGCAUUGGCAUCGAAAGAACGGGAAUUGGAAAAAGCAUCACAAAAAUCUGAGCUGUCGACCAGUCAAAUACGCGACAGUUUAUCUGAUUCUGAGCGAGCGAAGUUGAAUGAGAAAAUGGCAGAGAUGGAAUUGGAAAGGAAUUUGAUGUUAGACGAAAUUUCACAGCUGCAAGAUAAAAUAGUCAUGAUUAGUCGGAAUUUGGACAAUGAACGAAGUCAUGUUGAGGAGCUUUCAACGAUAUGUAAUGGUUACAGACAUGAUGUCGAGGAAUUAAAGAAUCAGUGUAACGAAUUAACUUCCGAGUUGAACGAAUAUCGCAGUAAAACAAAGAUCGCAAAGAGGGGGAACUCAAUGUUUUUUGAAUUUGUUGAUGAAAGGGUCAAACUGGAAAAAGAUCUCCUAAAGCUGAAAUGCCAGAAUGACUUUUUUGCUAGUCAGAAAGAAGCAUAUGAGUUGGAAUUAAACGAGCUGAGACACGAAUUGAUGCUUGCAUUGACCUUACAUACUAACGAAGGGAAUGUUGGCGGUGAUACGAGUAUGUUACAACUGGAAAUUUCUCGUUUACGCACUGAACUAACAACGCUUAACGCUAAGUUACUGGAAAAAUGCAAAGAAAGCGUGGAAGUUGAGACAGGGACUGUUUCAAAUACUUUGGAGAUGAUUGACUUGAAAGAAUAUGCUUUUAACAGUUUGAAAGAAGAGGUGAAAAUGUUAUCUCUAAAGUUAGAGAGAGCAGAGAAGGAGCGCAUGGAAUAUUUUGAUAAAGUUCGGGAAUCUGAGAAUCGAUAUUCGGAAGAACGUAGACGUUCCCAAAAACUUUUGAAUGAAGUGGAAUGUCUGAAAAGACGAUUUAUACUGGAACAGAAGAAAAGUUUUAAUUGUGCACUUUCGAAAGCACUCAAGCCUUCGAAAGAAAUUCUAUCAGAGAAGAUUACUGAUUUCAACGAAAAAAUUGCUACCAUUAAUCAGAUUGAUGCAGAUGAUCCAACUAUCAGCGAAAUGCAAAGCUCAUUUGCACUGUCGAAUUGCUCUCUAACAACUGCCAAACCUCCGUUAAGGGAUGAAGAAAUCGCGAAUGUUGCAAGUGGAAUACGAACAAUUUCUACUGAAUCAGCAUCUAAUAUUGAUCAAAAUGAAACACCGAAUUUGUUGUCAGAGUUAAAAACACGACCAAAUACAAGUGAUAAGGAAAUGCCUGUUGAGAAGCGGUUGAAAUUUCAGUUGCCAAACGAAGAAUUUAGUCAUUUGGCGCGGGAUCGGGUUAAGGAUGUACGUCCGAGAAGAUCAAAACCAAAAAGAAGAAUAAUGAGAAGGGUAUGCGAAGCUAGUGGUUUGUGA